AUGGAAGAUUCAUGCAUAAGACCAUCCACAACGGGAUAUGAUUGGUCCGUCGAGAAGGAUAUUAAGGAUCAAGUCCUUGUGUACGUGUCAUCGCUUGAGUGGGUCGGCAACAUCCAGUACCUCCUCAACAUCUCCAUGAUCGGCCUCCUAUGCUGCGUCUCCAUCUUCCUCUUCCUCAAGCUCCGCAGCGACCACCGCCGCAUGCCCGGUCCCUCCGCUAUCCUCUCCAAGCUCCUCGCCGUCUGGUCCGCCACGUGCCGCGAGAUCGCUCGCCACUGCGGCGCCGACGCCGCUCAGUUCCUCUUGAUCGAAGGCGGGAGCUUCGUGCUUCUCUUCUCGAUCGCCCUUUUGGCUCUCUCCAUUAUGUUGCCUUUGAAUCUCUACGCGGGGACUGCUGUGUUGAGCGAUGAGCUUUCGAAGACGAUGAUCACGCAUAUCAAGAAAGGCUCGGCCUUGCUCUGGCUGCAUUUUGUUUUUGUGGUUGUUGUUGUGGUGAUUUCGCAUUUUGGGAUCUCGGCGAUUGAAGCUAGGUUGAAGUUUACUAGGUUUAGAGAUGGGAAUGGGAAUGUGAGUGACCCCAAUGCGGAUUCCAUGGCUGUGUUUACUGUAAUGGUGCAGGGCUUGCCUAAGAAUCUGGGGUCUGAUAGAGUUGAGUUUGAGGAGUGUUUUCGUCAGAAGUAUCCUGGGAAGGUUUAUAAGAUUAUUAUUCCGAUGGAUCUCUGUGCGUUGGAUGAUCUGGCAACGGAGUUGGUUCGUGUUAGGGAUGAGAUCACUUGGUUGGUUGCGAAGAUGGACUCUAGGUUGUUGCCGGAUGAGUUUGAGAAUAGUGGAGAUGAUGGAGUGUUGUCUUUUUUGAUGGGUUUGUGGGGGAAGGUGAAGGUUAUGUGGUCUGGGGUUGCAGAGAGGUUUGGUUUUACAGAUGAUGAGAAGCUGAGGAAGCUGCAAGAGUUGAGAGCUGAUUUGGAGUCUCAGUUAGCUUUUUAUAAAGAAGGACGAGCACAAGGCGCUGGGGUUGCGUUUGUGGUGUUUAAAGAUGUUUACACAGCUAACAAAGCUGUUCAGGAUUUUAGAAACGAGAGGUCGAGGCGGACUGGGAAGUUCUUCUCUGUCACAGAGCUGCGGCUACAGAGGAACCAGUGGAAAGUCGAGAGAGCACCCUUGGAGACUGAUAUUUACUGGAAUCAUCUGGGGUUGACUAAGAUCGCUCUUAUCGUGAGAAGAGUGAUUGUUAAUACUAUUCUUCUGUUGAUUCUCGUGUUUUUCAGCUCUCCAUUGGCGUUGAUUAGUGCAUUGGUGAGUGCCGGGAGAAUCUUUAACGCUGAAGCGUUGGAUAGUGCUCAGUCUUGGCUCACUUGGGUGCAAACUUCUGGCUGGAUCGGUUCUCUGAUUUUUCAGUUUAUGCCCAACAUGUUCAUAUUCCUAAAGACUCUUAAUUGGAAAUCACCAUUGGACACAUUAUUUUGACUAGAGUCCUUAACUAUUCAAAAAAUAAAUAAAUUAUUAAACUAAUCCUAAGAACUCCUCCCACAAAUCCACCAUUGUGGAUGCUCUAAGUGUUGCAAUGUUGCAUAGAAUGACGCAGCAGGAGAAGGUAUGUUAAAGAAUCUACGCAAAACCAAGGUACUUAAAGAAUUGGAUAAUGUCGCUUGAUCAGUUUCUUGGUGGCUAGGACCUCCACAUUCAACAUGUCUCAAAUAAAACAUUAAUGAUCGACCUCCUUGCUUUUCUCUCAAAAUCAUUAACCCAAAAAACAAAUCUUCUCUAUUAAAAGAGAAGUACCAUUUUUAUUUACCAUAAAAAAAUCAUACUAGCAUUAUUUAGGUCCAUUUCAUUAAUUACAUUUAUUUAACUAUUUAUAUUAAUAUAUAAAAUAUAUAAAAACAUUAAUAAUAAAUCAAUUUUAACUGUAAAUUUAAAUUUUAUUUUU